ACACACAUUUAUUCUUUUAUUUCGUGAUAUUCAAUCAUGGCGACAACAAAAGAGCUCUUAGAGAUGGAUCUCUACGCUUUACUGGGCGUGGAGUCGACAUCAACAGAGAAGCAGAUCAAGAAAGCGUACAGACAGAGAGCCUUGUCCUGCCAUCCAGAUAAAAACCCAGAUAAUCCAAAGGCUGCGGAGCUCUUCCACCAGCUCUCUCAGGCUCUGGAGGUUCUGACUGACGCUGCUGCUAAGGCUGCAUACGACAAAGUCCGAGCGGCAAAAAAGCAAGCGGAGGAGAGAAACAGAAAACUUGAUGACAAGAGGAAGAAGAUUAAACUCGACUUGGAGGCACGUGAACGGCGGGCAGAGAAUGUAAAAGCAGAAGAAGUUAAAAUCACACGUACAUUAGAAGAAGAGAUUGCCAGACUGAGAGAAGAGGGUUCAAGAGAACUACAGGAGCAGCAAAGACUCAUACGAGAGCAGAUCGAGAGAGAGAGAGACGCUCACACACACACAGACUCAUCUGCAGUGCAGCAGGGCGGCAACAACGUGACACCAAAACUGAAGUUGAAGUGGAAGUGUAAAAAAGAGGACGAGAGUAACGCCGGCUAUUCCCAUGAAUGUCUUCAAAACCUCUUUCAGAAGUAUGGAGACGUCUUGAACAUCUUGAUAUCCAGCAAGAAGAAGGGCAGCGCUGUGGUGGAGUUUGCUUCUGCAAAAGCUGCUGAGCUGGCAUGUAAAAACGAGAGCGGUCUGACUGGGAACCCGUUGAAAAUCACGUGGUUGGAGGGUCAGCCUCUGCAGACGACACUCAGCGAAAACACACACUCCGGCUUCAGUGCUACACAGAGCUGCCUGCGCACUGAACGCGACUACGAGAGUGUGGUUCUCAUGAGACUCAGACAAGCUGAAGAGAGAAAGAGACUCAUCGAGCAGAUGAAGAGAGAGGAAGAGGACGACACGGCCUGACACACACACACACAUUCUAAAAUACAUACGUAAACACACUUACAUGCGCACACACACACACACACACAUAUAUACACACACACACACACACACAUACAUAU